AUGGCUGUUGAAAUCAACGGAAGCCGACCACGUGUGACUGGCAAAAUUCUACCCGACUUCAAAGGUCAAAUGGUGACUCUUUUGGGAACAGUAGGAGAGUUCGACCAAAACUCCAGAGGGCUGUUCCUGACGACAUCCGAUAAUGUCUCAGUCAAUGUGAAGUUUGGUACCGAAGCUUUGAUCUCUGAAAUGACCCCAAAUACUAUGAUAGAGGUUACAGGUCAAGUUGACCAAAGCGGCGAUUCCAUGCAAGGACAGUGCUGGAAUUUUGUGCCGUCUGGAGAAAAAUCAAUGGAUUUGAAUUUGUAUAAUUUGGCUGUAGAAAAAAUUCAUCAACUGGGAGCGAAUGUUUACCCACAUAUUGACCAGUCUCAAGUUCACACUGAGUGA